CGAGUUCCCACAGUUAUGGCGGAGGGAGCAGUGUUCAGAUUGGCUUGCUGUUACUCACGUUUGAAUAUGUACUUCGCGUCGUGAUCGGUGGAUUUUAAUCGGCACAGCGUCUUUUAUCAGAUCGAAAAGAAGUUAUAGAGCGUCUCUACAGCGAUGGCAGAGCGUGGCGUGGAUUUGGCGGCUUUACCGAAAGAGGUGAAGGAGCAGUUGGCGGAGUUGGAGCUGGAGCUGUCGGAAGGUGAUAUUACACAAAAGGGUUAUGAGAAGAAAAGAGCCAAGCUGCUGGCUGCAUACAUACCACAGACCCAAAAUGUGGACCUGGGCCUACAGAGUAUCCAGUUAGCUCCUGGUCCUGGAGCGGAUUCCUCUCCCAGCCCAGAUGCUGGCCCCUCAGCCUCCACACGGCAGCAUCGCUCACACCGCAGCGGGGGAGCCCGAGAUGAACGCUACAGAUCAGAUAUCCACACAGAGGCAGUGCAGGCAGCUCUGGCCAAACAUAAAGAGGAGAAAAUGCCAAUGCCCAUGCCUACUAAGCGUCGCUCGGCCUUUGUCCAGUCCCCCAUGGAUAACUGCACUCCUCCUGACACGUCAUCAGCCUCAGAGGAUGAGGGCUCCUUGCGCAGGCGUCAAGCUGCAGUGAGUGCAGUUCUGGCUCAGACUCUGCAGAAUUCAGAGUUUUGGAUCAACCGCUCCAUCCAGGGCUCCUCGACCUCCUCUUCAGCCUCCUCCACCCUCUCACACGGAGACAGCAGCAAGAGCCACAACCACAUCCACUCCCAAAACCAGACUAAUGUCCUGGCCGACGUACUAGCACACACUCGCAUAGAGAGCAGCAGUGUGCCUCCUGAUGUAACGUCCACAGUGCCUCAGGAAAGAAACUCUCGAGUGGAGCUGGCGCCCAGUCCUGCUGUCCGGGGCAUGAGCCGAGGCCAGAGCCGCUCCAGCAUGAUGGACACUGCAGACGGAAAAGGAGUGCCAGUGAACAGCAGAGUCUCCACCAAGAUCCAGCAGCUUCUUAACACGCUAAAGAGACCCAAGCGUCCUCCGCUAAGCGAGUUCUUCCUGGAUGAUGCUGAGCAGAUUGUGGAAGUGCCCCAGCCCGAUCCCAACACUCCACGACCAGAGGGUCGACAGAUCAUCCCGGUGAAGGGUGAGCCCCUGGGCGUGGUCAGUAACUGGCCCCCGGCACUGCAGGCAGCCUUGGCCCGCUGGGGGGCCACCCAGGCAAAAAGCCCUGCACUCACAGCCCUGGACAUCACCGGAAAACCACUGUACACCCUCACCUACGGUAAACUAUGGAGCCGCAGUCUUAAGCUGGCAUACACACUCUUGAACAAACUGGGCACCAAGAACGAGCCUGUGCUGAAACCAGGAGACCGGGUGGCGCUGGUUUACCCCAACAGUGACCCUGGAAUGUUCUGGGUGGCUUUCUAUGGCUGUCUGCUUGCUGAAGUUAUUCCUGUACCAAUAGAGGUGCCACUGUCUCAGAAGGAUGCAGGAAAUCAGCAGAUUGGCUUUUUACUGGGUAGCUGUGGGAUCAGUCUGGCACUCACCAGUGAAGUGUGUCUUAAAGGACUACCAAAGACACCCAGUGGAGAAAUACUCCAGUUCAAAGGAUGGCCUCGGCUUAGAUGGGUGGUCACAGACACCAAGUACCUUACAAAGCCCUCUAAGGACUGGCAGCCACACAUACCCACUGCUAACAGUGACACUGCAUAUAUUGAGUACAAGGCCAGUAAAGAAGGCACGGUGAUGGGGGUGGCUGUGUCUAAAAUCUCCAUGCUGACGCACUGCCAGGCUCUCACUCAGGCGUGUAAUUACUGUGAAGGAGAGACGCUGGUCAAUGUUCUGGACUUUAAGAAAGACAUGGGUUUAUGGCAUGGAGUACUAACGAGUGUGAUGAACAGAAUCCACACCAUCAGUGUUCCCUAUUCAGUCAUGAAAGCCUGCCCUCUCUCCUGGGUGCAAAGAGUUAAUGUCAGCAAAGCACGUGUAGCCCUGGUGAAGUGUCGGGACCUGCACUGGGCUAUGAUGGCUCAUCGGGACCAGAAGGACAUAAACCUGUCCUCUCUGCGAAUGCUCAUCGUAGCUGAUGGUGCUAAUCCCUGGUCAGUGUCAUCGUGUGAUGCCUUUUUGAAUGUGUUCCAGUCUCAUGGGUUAAAGCCUGAGGUCAUUUGCCCCUGUGCCUCCUCCACCGAGGCCAUGACUGUAGCCAUACGCAGGCCCGGUGCCCGUGGUGCUCCUCUCCCUGCCAGAGCCAUCCUGUCCAUGGGAGGAUUGAGUCAUGGAGUGAUCCGUGUCAACACUGAGGACAAAAACUCUGCUCUGACUGUGCAGGACGUCGGCCACGUCAUGCCCGGAGCUCUUAUGUGUAUAGUCAAGCCAGAUGGGCCUCCCAUGUUGUGUAAAACGGAUGAGAUUGGAGAGAUUGUGCUGAACUCUCGGGCUGGGGGCACCAUGUAUUACGGCUUACCAGGAGUCACCAAAAACACGUUUGAGGUGAUUCCUGUGAACUCUGGUGGAACUCCUAUAGGAGAGAUCCCGUUCACCCGAACUGGCCUAUUGGGCUUUGUAGGGCCGGGCAGUCUUGUGUUUGUGGUGGGAAAAACUGAAGGGCUGCUGUUGGUCAGCGGAAGGAGGCAUAAUGCAGACGAUCUGGUUGCUACGGCGCUGGCUGUAGAGCCAAUCAAAACAGUCUACAGAGGGAGGAUUGCAGUGUUCUCUGUCAUGGUGUUCUAUGAUGAGCGUAUCGUGAUGGUGGCGGAGCAGAGGCCUGAUGCCAGUGAGGAGGACAGCUUCCAAUGGAUGAGCAGAGUCCUACAGGCCAUAGACAGUAUCCAUCAGGUGGGGCUGUACUGUUUAGCACUAGUGCCAGCCAACACCUUACCCAAGACUCCACUGGGUGGUAUCCAUAUGUGUGAGACUAAACAGCGCUUCUUGGAGGGCUCUCUCCACCCCUGCAACAUCCUCAUGUGCCCUCACACGUGUGUGACCAACCUGCCCAAGCCCCGCCAAAAACAACCAGUGGGAGUAGGUCCGGCCUCCAUCAUGGUGGGGAACUUGGUGGCAGGGAAGAGGAUCGCCCAGGCUGCAGGCAGGGAGCUGGGCCUCAUCGAGGAUCAGGAUCUGUCCAGGAAGCUCUCUAUGUGGCCCAUGACUAUGCAUCAGUUCCUGUCUGAGGCACUGCAGUGGAGAGCACAAUCUGAUCCAGACCACGUCCUCUAUAUUCUGCUUAAUGCCAAGGGGGCAGCAGUGAGCACAGCCACAUGCUUGCAGUUGCACAAGCGAGCAGAGAAGAUCACAGCAGCCCUGUUGGAGAGGGGAGGCAUCAACACUGGAGACAAUGUAGUGCUGCUGUACCCUCCUGGCAUUGACCUCAUUGCCUCUUUCUAUGGCUGUUUGUAUGCUGGCUGUAUACCAGUCACGGUGCGACCCCCUCACCUGCAGAAUCUGAGUGCCACACUGCCCACAGUGCGCAUGAUUAUAGACGUGAGUAAAGCAGCUUGCAUCCUCACCACCCAAACCCUCAUGAAGACUUUACGAUCCAAAGAAGCUGCAGCUAGUGUGAAUGUGAAGACAUGGCCUACUAUUAUAGACACAGAUGAUCUUCCAAGAAAGCGGCCGCCACAUAUCUAUAAACCUCCCACGGCAGAGAUGUUGGCCUAUUUGGACUUCAGUGUAUCUACUACCGGCAUGCUGACAGGAGUCAAGAUUUCCCAUGCAGCAGUGAGUGCUCUGUGUCGCUCUAUUAAGCUGCAGUGUGAGCUUUACUCCUCCAGACAGGUGGCCAUCUGCCUCGACCCCUACUGCGGCCUGGGCUUUGUGCUCUGGUGCCUCUCUAGUGUCUACUCUGGUCACCAGUCCAUCCUGAUUCCUCCUAUGGAGCUGGAGAGCUCUCUGCCUCUUUGGCUGAGCACACUCAGUCAGUACAAGAUCAGAGACACCUUCUGCUCCUACUCCGUCAUGGAGCUCUGUACUAAGGGUCUGGGCACACAGACCGAGGCCCUGAAGAUGCGAGGGGUGAACCUGUCCUGUGUGAGGAGCUGUGUGGUGGUGGCGGAGGAGAGGCCACGCCUGGCGCUCACCCAGUCCUUCUCCAAACUGUUUAAAGACCUGGGCUUGUCCCCACGAGCAGUCAGCACAGCCUUCGGCUCCAGAGUUAACCUGGCCAUUUGCCUGCAGGGAACAACCGGUCCAGAUCCUUCCACCGUUUAUGUAGAUAUGAAAUCCCUCCGACAUGACCGGGUGAGGCUGGUGGAGAGAGGAGCUCCUCAGAGUCUUCCCUUAAUGGAGUCUGGAACUAUUCUCCCUGGAGUGCGAGUGAUUAUUGUGAAUCCAGAGACCAAGGGACCACUUGGGGACUCACACUUAGGCGAGAUCUGGGUGAACAGCCCUCACAAUGCCAGUGGCUACUACACCAUUUACGGAGAAGAAAGCCUGCAGGCUGACCACUUCAACACACGGCUGAGCUUUGGCGAGCCACACACUUUGUGGGCCAGGACCGGCUAUCUGGGCUUUGUUAGGAGGACAGAGCUGCUGGACGCUAGUGGAGAUCGUCAUGACGCACUGUUUGUGGUGGGCUAUCUGGAUGAGACGUUAGAGUUGCGGGGUCUGCGAUAUCACCCAAUCGACAUUGAGACCUCGGUGUCAAGAGCACACCGCAGCAUUGCAGAGAGUGCUGUGUUCACGUGGACCAAUCUGCUGGUGGUUGUGGCUGAGCUGAGCGGUUCAGAGCAGGAGGCUCUGGACCUUGUCCCACUGGUGACCAAUGUGGUUCUUGAGGAGCAUCACCUAAUAGUGGGAGUGGUUGUUAUCGUAGACCCCGGAGUAAUCCCCAUCAACUCUCGGGGUGAGAAGCAGCGCAUGCACCUUCGUGACUCCUUCCUGGCUGACCAGCUGGACCCCAUCUAUGUGGCCUACAACAUGUGAGCUGUGCACCGAAGCUCCUCCAAGGGUUCAGAGCUGCACCUCACACCCAAAGGACUUCUCACAGGGCAAGCACAUCAGUUGCUCCAUCUGAUGUGGAUGUGGAGGCCAGACAAUAAGAGGGCAUUGUCAUCAACAUCGUUUUUAUCAGGUCCUCCUCUAUCUGCCUCCUUGCCCAGCAUAGAUUCUCUCAAUAAUGUGAUCAUACUUGCGACUUCAAACGGUCAGCGCUGUGGUGUGGACUCUUUAGCAAAACUGACCCUUCCUUAUAGGCUGCUUAACUUAAGGAGGCUGGUGCUUUUCUCCUAGAAACCCUGUCUGCUAUAACAGGUUAAACUGCGCUGACUCCUGUUGCCAUGUUUUUAACUCUGCAACUUUGUUGACUUUUGCUGCCUUUGUCAUGCACAAAAAACAGCUAUUGACAAAGAAUUGACUGCGAUUGCCUCUUCCAUCUCGCAAAAGUUUAACUAGCAAGCAGUGCCACUGGCCCUGAAGACUCUGAGGUCUCAUCUGAGACUGGGCAGAAGACCAGAGGGACUAACACAUGAAACGUCUUGCACUUUAUAACCCUCCUCCGUCACCCCCACUAGCUUUUGAGCCUUUUUUGGGGGGAGUGUCCUUAAUUUUUCAUUCUGGAAGUGCAACACAUUUUUUAAAGCUGUCCUGUGCCGUUGAUGUCCAUCUGGGGAGAAAAAGUGCUAUUGAGCUAAAGGAAAAACAUCACCAGCUACCAGCUGCACUCGCUGCUUCCACACAGACUGCGACCUUUAACGUUAGGGCAAAAAAUGGCCAAUUGCGCCACCUCCAGGAGGGCUACUGAAAAAUGCCUGACCCUCAUUGGUGCUCAUCUCUAGCUCACUGGCACCAUUUCUCCAGUGCUGGACAAAACUUCACGUGGACGUGAUUGAGUAUUAACAGUAUCACCAGCGUAGAAGCUGUGCAAGUUUAACAGACCUUCUGGGUUCUCAUGCAAAUUGGUUAGUUCAUAUCUUUUAAGUCUUUUACUCAGAACUACUAGUUGUUUUAAUGGUUUACAUGCAAACAUCCAUUUGCUUACAUGACAAAAGAUUUUAGAACUAUUGCCAACAAUAAUGCACAGCAUUCAGUAACCAGUGUGAGGAAUAUGAUAAAAGUGUUCUCACAGUAAGCACAAACCGAUUUGAAGAUACUGAAUCUGUAUCUUGAGAUUUAUAUGCAUUGAACUAAUGUACACUUAGGGUCAAAGAAAAGUUUCAAGAUAAACUCCAUGCCUUAUGAAACCUGUGGAAGUUUUACUUUUUUAUAUAUAUACAUGUUGUCAUGUUAUAUUUUUAUUGGUGUACUUAUACUUUGUACUGAUAUCAAAGGGACUUUGGAAUGGUGAAAGUAAGGAAGGCUGUGUGUGCGUGUAGAUUAUUGUAGUGUUUCACUGGUGUUACUGUAUAAUCAAAUGGACCCGUCAUCAGGUCCCUUAAACUUGACUGAUCUCUAAUACUUGAUGGCAUUUCUUUGCAUCACUGGCUUAAUAAGAAGAAUCGUAAAUAAAAAAUAAAACUAUAACUAUUUUACAUAAAACCAUACAUUUAAGAAUUUGCACUAUGUCUUUUAGUGUCCCUGGCCUCAUGUGCUUUAGAUAUCUGAAAGUUUAGUUUGUGCGUAUGCACACAUGGGUCUGUGGGGCCAACCUGAGUCUCUUCACAUUAUUAACAGGCUGCAAAUACAUUUAUACAGUUUAUACAGCUGCUAAUUCUCCAUUUUGCUCUGUUAAGGGGUAUUGCCACCUGGAUUAGUUUGAUAUUAAUUCACAUUAAACCAUAAUACCCUUUAUAUGACUGUUCCGGUGGACCAGAUAUACAAGGUUUUUUGCUCUGUUUUGUUUUGUUUUUCUUUGGAGGGGUUCAAAUCUGUUCAUUACAAUGCCUAACUGAUUGCCAAUACAUAGAUUUAAUUAAAUGUACUGAAUAGGUAA